UAACGGCGUCGGCUAUCCAAACAAGAGGAACCAAAACAAUUUUGCUAAAGUAUCAGAUUCCCGUUUUCUGUGAAAAAGAAACUAGGCUUUUUUCAGUUAAAUUGUAUUGUAUUUGAGCCUCGAAGUUCAACUUUAGCUAUUUUAAAACCAUGGCAGCGCCAGGACAAACACUUUUUGAACUGAAGGAGAACCGUCGAUUAUAAAGAGGUAGCUUUUUUAACUGCUUUAGUUGUUGUACCAAACCUGGUGUAUUCAAAUAAAGAGUCUGAUCUUGACGACAUUGAUAACUAACUAAAAAAAGGAUCAAAAGGAGCAGGAACAUAUCAUGGAUCGGGAAACAGAAGAAGAACUGCAGCCUGAGCCAGAGCAAGUACAGGAAGAAGUGCAAGAAACAGAGCCGGAGGUGGAGCAAGAAGUCGUGGUGGGACCCGACAUGGAAAGCGACGACGAACCCUCAUCGGCGACCACCUGCUACACUGUUGAUCCCAAUGCCCCCACCUAUGUUAUUGUCACAGAUGUGGUCACAAUACCCGCUCCGCUCGGCUUCAAGGCGUCCGACUCGCAGACGGACGAGGAUGAGGAGGAGCCGCCGCUGUACCUGCAGGCACAGAUGCAGCAGGCACUAUGUGAUGCCCGCCAGCGCGAUAUGCCGCCGCCGUCGCCUCCUUCGUCAAUGUUGCUACCACGCCGGACAGCGCUUAGCGCCAAUGACGAUACCUUUUCGAGCGACAGCAGCGAGGAGACGAGCAGCGAAGAGGAUGAGGAGGAGGAUGACGACGACGACGACGACGACGACCUUACCGUGGACCAACAUAGAACCACUUCAGAAACCAUGACUACGGUGAUUAGCUGCGAUCCAAUGAUGCAGAAGAUCGAUAUUAACGACGAUCCCGAGAAGAUCUACUAUAUAAGGCGGGAUGAUGGCACCGUCCACCGUGGCCAGGUGCUGCAGUGGCGGACGACGGAGAAUGCGGCCACGCCGUACGAGUACUAUGUGCACUAUGUGGGCCUGAAUCGCCGCCUGGAUGGUUGGGUGGGCAGGCAUCGGAUAUCGGAGAAUGCCGACGAUUUGGGUGGCAUUACAGUGAUGCCACAGCCACCGUUGCCAACGAACCAGGAGGCCAGCCCCGACUCCGUCCAGCGACCGAAUCGCACGGGACUCAACCGGGAUUACUAUCUAUCGCCGUGCGAGAAUAAUCUCUAUGAUUACAGCGACCGGAAGAUGACGCGCUACCAGAAGCGGCGCUACGACGAGAUAAACCAUGUCCAGAAGAGCCACGCCGAGCUGACUGCCAGCCAGGCGGCGGCGGAGAAGGAGCACGAGUCGAUCACCAAGAUCAAGUACAUUGACAAGCUGCAGUUUGGCAACUACGAAAUAGACACCUGGUACUUCAGUCCCUUUCCCGAGGAGUUCGGCAAGUCGCGGACGCUGUACGUGUGUGAGUAUUGCCUGAAGUACAUGCGGCACCGCCAGAGCUAUGCCUUCCAUCUCUAUCAGUGCGAUCGACGCCGUCCGCCGGGCAGGGAGAUCUACCGCAAGGGUCAGAUCUCCAUCUUCGAGGUGAACGGAACGGAGGAGCCGCUCUACUGCCAGCUGCUCUGUCUGAUGGCCAAGCUCUUUCUGGACCACAAGGUACUGUAUUUCGACAUGGACCCGUUCUUCUUUUACAUCCUCUGCGAAACGGACCGGGAGGGCAGCCAUAUUGUCGGCUAUUUUUCAAAGGAGAAGAAGUCGAUAGACAACUUUAAUGUGGCCUGCAUCCUAGUCCUGCCACCGCAUCAGCGGAAGGGAUUCGGUAAGCUGCUAAUAGCCUUCAGCUACGAGCUGUCCCGCAAGGAGGGCGUCAUCGGCAGCCCGGAGAAGCCGCUGUCGGACCUGGGACGCCUCAGCUAUCGCAGCUACUGGGCAUACACGUUGCUGGAGCUGAUGAAGAACCGCUGCUCGCCGGAGCAGACGACCAUCAAGGAGCUAAGCGAGAUGAGCGGCAUCACGCAGGAGGACAUCAUCUAUACGCUGCAAUCGAUGAAGAUGAUCAAGUACUGGAAGGGUCAGAACGUAAUCUGUGUGACGGCCAAGACCAUUCACGAUCAUCUCAAGCAGCCGCAAUUUAAGCAGCCUAAGCUGACCAUCGAUCCGGAUCGGCUGGACUGGAAUCCGCACAGCGCGGGAUCGUGUCUCGCGAGUUGAAUGGUUUACUCGAUUAAACUAACUUUGAAACAUGGCUUUCCCCGUUUUAUUUUCUAGAUUGUAAUUGGAAACCUCCGAUAUCUAUAGAAAAUAUAUAUAUAUAUUUUUUUUUAAUUCUAUCCAGUGGAGAAUCCUUCCAAAGAGAUUCAGAGAGCAAUAGUUGUAAGUUGUAAAGUUGAAUAA